GCGGGCCGCCCCUCGACAGAAGGGGCGGGGCGGCGCCUGCGCAGGGCAGCGCGGGGCGGCAAGAUGGCGGACAAAGAGAAAAAGAAGAAAGAAAGUAUCUUGGACCUGUCAAAGUACAUUGACAAGACCAUCCGAGUGAAGUUCCAGGGUGGCCGUGAAGCCAGCGGGAUUCUGAAAGGGUUUGAUCCCCUGCUCAACCUGGUGCUGGAUGGAACCAUUGAGUACAUGCGAGACCCUGAUGACCAGUACAAGCUGACGGAGGACACGCGGCAGCUGGGGCUUGUGGUGUGCCGUGGCACCUCAGUGGUGCUCAUCUGCCCGCAGGAUGGCAUGGAGGCUAUCCCCAACCCCUUCGUGCAGCAGCAGGAUGCCUAGGUGGAGAGCCACCUGCCCAAGGACCUCCCUUCCUGCGGGAACGUGUUCGGUGUUUUGGUUUCUGGUUUUGUAUUUUGUUUUUUAAUAAAAUGGCGUCCUCUG